GUGUAUGAAGCUUAAUGUAUAUGGAGUCAAUCUCUAUAAGCGGUGAAAAGUGUAUUAUUAAGAGUUAAUAACUUAUAGAAUAUAACUAUUUUUACUCAUUGUAAAAACUUGUGGAAUAUUGUAAACAAUAGAAUUUUUAAAUAUCCGUUAUCUGCACAAUUUUCAAUUGAGUUAUUUUUCACUUUGACAAGAUCUCGAGCGAGAUUAAUACACUGAAUUUAUGGCGAUGACUACACAGGUAAAGGGAAGCGGUUGGCCUCGAAGGGCAAGCAAUAGUUCUUUCGAUGGAAAAGAGUGGAAACCUAAUCCAUUGGUUACCAUUAACAGAACAAUAAAUUUAUAUCCUUUGACAAAUUACACAUUUGGAACAAAGGAGCCUCUUUUUGAAAAAGAUCCAUCAGUCCCAGCAAGAUUUCAACGAAUGAGAGAUGAAUUCGAUAAAAUUGGAAUGCGUCGCAGCGUGGAAGGAGUUUUAUUAGUACAUGAACACGGAUUGCCCCACGUUUUACUUCUUCAGCUAGGAACUACGUUCUUUAAAUUACCUGGAGGAGAAUUGAAUGCAGGAGAAGAUGAAGUUGAGGGUUUAAAACGACUUCUUACAGAGAUUCUAGGACGACAGGAUGGUGUAAAACAAGAGUGGCUUAUUGAGGAUACAAUAGGAAAUUGGUGGAGACCCAAUUUUGAACCUCCACAAUAUCCUUAUGUACCACCGCACAUUACUAAACCAAAAGAACACAAAAGACUAUUUUUAGUCCAAUUGCAAGAAAAAGCUCUUGUAGCAGUACCAAAAAAUUAUAAACUUGUAGCGGCGCCAUUAUUUGAGUUGUAUGAUAAUUCACAAGGAUACGGACCAAUAAUUUCUUCACUUCCACAAGCACUGUGCAGAUUCAACUUCAUCUAUAUGUGAAAAGAAGAAAAGGGAUUAUGAACUAUACUUAUUUUAUGAAAAGAUACUAUUACUUAUAGUAUCUCGUAUUGAAUUCACUGUGACAGAAUUGAAUGAUACAUUCAAUAUUUUUUAUGAUAAAUAAUAGCGUGAAAUUUCUUUCUUUAAAGUUUUUUUUCGUUUCAUGUAUACCCUAACUGAUCAUAUUAUUAGAAAUUAUCUGGAAGCAAUUAUUUAAUUUGAUUAUUGAAAUUGGAUAUAAUAUUUCGACAAGAUACUAGAGAAGUUCAAUUUUUAUAAAAUGUAUCAUAUCAAUUUGAAAUUGUAGUACAUUAUAUAUAAAAACCAGAUUAAGUCGAGUCAGAUUUAUCUGAAUUCUAAUUAAUUUUUGUACAUUAAUAUAAUUAAAAGUCAAUAUAAUUUAAUGAAAAUCUAAAUCAUAUUUAUGGAAUUCUAUAUUAAUUUCAUAGAAAUUAUACAUAAUGGCCACAAACUUGUUUCUUUUUUCGCAGUGUAUUUUCUUAACAUUCAAGACUGACAUUUCCUUUAAAUUUAAUAUUUUUAAUUGCAAAUUUUUUUGUAUGCAAAAACAUAAAAUAAAAACGGUCCGUUUAAGGACAUUCUGCCCUUAUUAUCUGUGUAAAAAAGUAAUGUUUAUUUAAUAGAAAUAAUAAUAAAUAGUGAGAUAAAUAUAAGUUAAUAAUGUACAUAAUGAAAGUAUAGUAUCGAUUCAUGGAAGGCAGGUAAAAACAAACUACUUUUAUAAAUUUAAAAUUUUAUUGCCUAAUUUUUAAUUUUAUGUGACUUAAUUUUGUUAUAACUGUUAAUAAUUUUUAGUUUUAUCAUAAGAAAAUUUUCUGCAAUUUUUUUUUUCUUUCAGUUUUGCAAAUCUAUUGUAGAAAUUUUUUUGUAAUUCCUACAAACUUCUUUAAGAAAUGAUGUAUUAUUUGGUUCUAUUUUUAUGUAUUUGUUGUACUUGAAAGUGUACAAAUUGUUUUUAAUUACUGUGGUUUAAUAUUGCUGUCGUAUGACAUUUCGUGCCAUUUUUUUAAAUACUUAUUGUAUAUCUCUUUUUUAAUUUUUAUUUAAUGUCUUUGACUUUUUUCUCACUUAAAAAUUAAGCAUUCAAUAUUUUAUGAAUAUAAAAUGCUAUUUUUUAAAAAAAAUUGUUCUAUUGGAGGAUAAGAAAUGCAUUUAAUUUAAAAUGUAAUUAUGUAUACAUUUUCAAUGUAUUGCUUUCUCAUAGAGAAAGUGUAUAUGUAUGUAAAUUUUAUGUAAAAAUAAUUUUUGGAUUUUGUAUAAUGUUAUAAUUAGAUAAAUAUUUUAUGCCAAAUAAGCCAAAAGAAAAUCGUUCUAAAUUUUUCUUUUGAACUAUAUUUCAAAAUUAUGAAUGCUUUUAUUUUGAUUAUUUGGCCUUAAAUAUUUAUAUAAUUAUAAUUUUAAAUUUUGUAAAUACUGUGAUUUAUUUAUAUAUACAUAUAAAAGACUGUAUAGAAAUAUUAAGAAGGUACUUAUAGAUAAAAUAACAAAUGUUUUGUGUUUUAGGUACAUGUUGUUAUGGAAAACAAUAAAUUUAAAAUACUGAAUUCAAUAAAGGUAUCAGUGGCAAUUACAAUUUUUUUACAAAAUGAAUAAAUUGCCAUUGAUUACAGAAGUCAUGUUUCAAAAUGUAUAAUGAUUUUGAAUGAUCUGAAGAUAAAAAAGAAAAUAAAUUAUGUUUUCUAAUCUAAAUAAAUUUUUUUGCUAAUUUUUGUCAAAACGGCUUAAUAGUCGAUGUAACGAAUAAUUUUCUAAUAAAAAAUAAUUUUUCAUAUGAGUGGAUACCUAAUCAACUGUCGAAAGUCAAUAAUUUGGUAAUAUAAAUAAUGUUAACAUUAUAUAAUUGACAAUCAAGGUAAAGGCUCGAUUAGUUUGAAUAGAUUUUGAUUUGACUCGCGAAAAAUGGAAAGUAGUGACCGUAAAGAUCGUUUUAAUUUUAUUUUUGAAGAAUUGGGUUCAAAAAAACGGUCGGAUAAUAGUGCUUUUAUUUCAAAUGAGGAGUAUAAAAAUUGUAUUGAAAAAGGGGAAACUAUUAAAAUAAACAAAAAGUUCAAGUGAUUAUAUGUUUUCUCUCAAAAUCGGGAAAGUUCUAAACAACAUUUAGAAAAACAAGCAGAAAAAAUGCUCAAGUUUUCGGCACAAAGCUUAAUGCCAGUAGACAUUGGUUCUACUGUUAGAAUCCCUAUACAUGACGUUGACAGAGCUAAAGGUGUGCCAAGGAAUGUAUUGGCAGUUGUCAAAAACAAAGAUAAUGAUUAUUAUACUUUGGAUAUACGGAGAAAAAUCUGUUACUAUUAGCGCAUGAGCAGUCCAUUCGAAAAUAGCCCAGACACAACCUUUGGUAAAUUGCAAGAAAUUCAUGCUGAUUUUUCAUAGAUUAUCUCAUUUCAUUAGUUAUUACUUCCCAUUUUUAUUUUAUUACUUAAUAUAAUUAUAUUAUUUUCAUAGGAAAUUCUUAUGACACACUUAAUAAGCAAUAUGUACGAAUUAAAUUUCAUCCAUGCGACGAAAAACUUAAAUGUUGAAAAUAUUUCGGAUAAAUUGAUAUCGCUCACAGAAACUGAUACAAAAAACAGCGUUUCCGGUGCACAAGGGCAAAUGGCAUGCAGCAAUUGUAAAACCGGAUGUGCACAAAGUAAAUGCAAGUGUUUAAGAAACAAUAGAAAGUGUAACUCCAAAUGCCAUAGCAGCCUUUCUUGUAAAUUUAAACUUGGCUCUACUUCUCCAGCUCAAAAUGGAUGCCUCUGAGGCAGCGCAAGUUUGGACGAGAAAUAGACCAACUGUGUUACGACCUUAGUUUCUACUUUCUUGUUCUGGUCUCUAGUUUAGUUUAGGACGGAUUUUGUAAACAAUGUUUCUAACCUCAUUAGUAUAAAUAUUUGUCUAUGUAGUUCUGAUUGUUGAAAAAGCUAAAAGUAAUUUAAGAAAAAGAUAUUUAUUUCUCAAAGUGCCACUUGAAUGGAGAACGUUCUACAUUUGUUAUUAUAG